CCGGGCGGAACGCGCGGGGCGGGGCGGCGCAGGGGGUGGGGUGGGGCGUGCACGGCGGCGGCGGCGGCGCGGAAGCUGGCGGGAGGCGCGGAGGCCGCGGGCAGGGUUGCCAGGGGCAAGGGGGGCGCCGGCCCAGCUGACUGGCAGGCGGCGAGGGGGCAACCUGGCCGCCGUUUAGAAACAGCAGUUGGCUCCUCCCGGUCUUUGCCCGCCUGACGCGGAGACCCUGGGAGCCCGCGAGGCGAGCGGUCGCGGGCUGUUGCACCGCCGCGGAGACGCUGGGGCCGCCGGGCACCCGAGAGCGAGCCCAGCAUGUCGCUGCCUCCGGAGAAGGCGUCUGAACUGAAGCAGCUCAUCCACCAGCAGCUGAGCAAGAUGGAUGUCCAUGGCAGGAUAAGAGAAAUCCUUGCUGAAACUAUACGUGAAGAAUUGGCACCUGAUCAACAACAGUUAUCAACGGAAGAUUUGAUCAAAGCCCUUAGACGCCGGGGAAUCGUUGAUGAUGUGAUGAAAGAACUUAAUUUUGUUCCUGAUAAUGUUGAUCAAGAACUUCCUUCCUCUCCAAAACAACCUGUUUGCUUUACUGACAGACAGUCAACGCUGUUAAAAAAAACUAAUAUUGAUCCAACACGGAGGUAUCUUUACCUUCAGGUUUUGGGUGGAAAAGCUUUCUUGGAACACCUGCAAGAACCCGAGCCUUUACCAGGACAACCUUGUUCAACUUUUACUUUAUGUUUACAUUUUCGAAACCAACGUUUUCGUUCUAAACCUGUUCCAUGUGCCUGUGAACCAGAUUUUCAUGAUGGCUUUUUACUUGAAGUACACAGAGAAAACUUAGGUGAUGGAACUCGAAUGGCUGAUUCAACAACAAUGUUAUCAAUAAGUGACCCAGUUCACAUGGUGCUAAUCAAAACAGAUAUAUUUGCUGAGACCACUUUAGUAGCAUCCUAUUUUCUUGAAUGGCGAUCAGUUUUGGGCUCAGAAAAUGGAGUAACCAAUCUUACUGUGGAACUUAUGGGUGUAGGCACAGAAUCAAAAGUUUCUGUGGGGAUUUUAAAUAUAAAACUUGAGAUGUACCCACCGCUCAAUCAAACAUUAUCUCAGGAAGUAGUGAACACGCAACUUGCUUUGGAACGUCAGAAAACUGCAGAGAAAGAGAGGUUAUUUCUUGUAUAUGCUAAGCAGUGGUGGAGAGAAUAUUUGCAAAUUCGACCCUCACACAACUCACGGCUGGUUAAGAUUUUUGCACAGGAUGAAAAUGGGAUAAAUAGACCCGUCUGUUCUUAUGUUAAACCACUUCGAGCUGGGAGGCUUCUGGAUACUCCAAGGCAGGCAGCAAGAUUUGUUAAUGUCCUUGGUUACGAAAGAGCCCCUGUUAUCGGAGGAGGAGGUAAACAGGAACAGUGGUGCACUCUGCUGGCCUUUCUCUGUAGAAACAAGGGUGACUGUGAAGACCAUGCUAACCUUCUCUGCAGCCUCCUUCUUGGGUACGGGCUGGAAGCCUUUGUCUGUGUUGGGACCAAGGCCAAAGGAGUGCCCCAUGCAUGGGUCAUGACGUGUGGGACUGAUGGAACCAUCACCUUUUGGGAGAGUUUAACAGGACACAGGUAUAUCCACAAACCUACCAAUCCUGAUGAACCUCCAGCUGCUGAACAGCCUAAACCAUUGUAUCCAUAUAAAACAGUUGGCUGUGUUUUCAAUCAUCAGAUGUUCCUAGGAAAUUGUCAGCCCUCUGACUCAGUAGAAAGCUGUGUAUUUGAUUUGAAUGAUGAGUCCAAGUGGAAACCCAUGAGUGAAGAAGCAAUUAAAUCCGUGUGUGCUCCGGGGCUACAACGUCCCUUCCCCCCUCCCCCGCUAUGCGCUUCCACGAUCGAUGCUUCUGUAACAAGCAAUGAAAUUGAAAUGCAACUGAGGCUACUUGUAUCAGAACACAGGAAGGAUCUUGGCCUCACUACUGUGUGGGAAGACCAGCUUUCCUAUCUCUUAUCACCAGCUCUGGCUGCUUAUGAAUUUGAGCGUACAACAAGUAUAUCUGCAGGCAACGAGGAGUUUCAAGAUGCCAUAAGGAGGGCUGUGCCUGAUGGGCACACGUUUAAAGGGUUCCCAAUACACUUUGUGUAUAGAAAUGCAAGGCGUGCGUUUGCCACAUGUCUUCGGUCUCCUUUCUGUGAAGAAAUAAUCUGUUGCCGUGGAGACCAGGUGCGACUGGCAGUUCGUGUCCGAGUGUUUACUUACCCUGAAUCUGCAUGUGCUGUUUGGAUCAUGUUUGCUUGUAAAUAUCGCUCUGUACUAUAGGAGUAACAUUUAUAUUCUGUAAGAAUAUACCUGGGAGUUCUUUUGUGGCUCAGCGGGUUAAGAAACCAGCGUUGUCACUGCAGUGGCCCAGGUCACUGCUAUGGCACAGGUUCAGUCCCUGGUGUCCGGGGAACUUGCACAUGCCAAGGGUGUGGACAAAAAAAAAAAAAAAAAAAAAAAAAAAGAAUAUACCUGUGUUUCAUUUGAAUUUUACACAUUGUACCUCACUAGCUGUAUAGAGCUUCAUUAUUUUAAAAGUCACAAUCUGUCUUGGAUGUCAUGUUUCACUUUUAUAUGUAUUUGACUAAUAAUGUUUGAAAAAGAUCAUGAUGUGUGUAUUUAAAAUUUAGGGAUGAAAACUUUAUACAUCUCAGUGAAAUUUAGUAUAAAUUAAAUGUAUAUCCUAUUUUAAUAAAUGUUAAUUUGUUUAUAGGUAGUAGUUUAAAUAUGAAUAUGAAAUUUGCUCAGUUUUCAUUACAUUAACAGGUAAUCAGAAAGAUACUUGUCUAAGGGUUUGAGCCAUAGUAAAAUUAAUAUUUUUCAUAGAUUAAUCGGAUUAUUUUAUAUAAAUUAGGAAAAUUAACUUCAUAACAGAUUUAUUACAUAGGUGAAAAUACAUUUUGAUGAAUUAUUUUGUAGUUUAUUCAUAACUGUAGGGAUAUUAUAACUUUCCAGAGAUGUAUGGAAAGGCAUGGAUGCAGGAGUAGGAAAAAAACUAGUACCAGAAAAGCAUAAAUAUUAAUAACAAAACAAACCUCACAUGAAGGUACACGAAUAAUUUAUAAAUAAUUUGUUAGUUUAAGUCAUUAUAAAAAUGAAUUGGGUAUCUUAUUAUUAUUAUUAUUUUUUUGUCUUUUUUAUUUGUUUAUUUUUGUCUUUUUUAGGGCCACACCCAUGCACAUGGAGGUUCCCAGGCCAGGGGUCCAGUCGGAGCUGUAGUUGCUGGCCUACGCUAGAGCCAUAGCAACUCUGGAUCCAAGCUGCAUCUGCGACCCACACCACAGGCCGUAGCAAUGCCAGAUCCUUAACCCACUGAGCGAGGCCGGGGAUCGAACCUGCAACCUCAUGGUUCCUGGUCGGAUUCAUUAACCACUGAGCCACGAUGGGAACUCCAUGAUAAAUAUUUUAAAAAGUCCGAAAAUAUCCUUCUUCUAUCAUUUUUUAUUGAAAAUGAUCAGAUGUUUCUUGAGAGACUGACAUAACAUGAAAGAAUUAGCAAGAAUUAAGACUUCUUUAUUCUGUUGCCAAAAUUACUCAAAAAGCUCUCAACAGAAAAUUGCUUGUAAUUUUCAGCUUUUGGAACAAACUAUUUAUGAAGCAUGAACUAAGAAGCAGAUGAUAUUAAGCUCAAGGUUGUGUUAUCUUUGAGACUGGGCUUUCUGCCUCAUUGUGCCAGAGUAGCACAUGCACUUAUAAUGCACCUUUGGUGUAUAUUGUAAAAUAAAUUUCCUUUUUAUGCACUUUAGUAUUAGAGUCCAGCAUGAAUUAAUAUUUUCCUUUAAAGAUGAUUUAUUUCAAAAUAUUUCAGUGUAUUUAUCACUAGAAUUAUGUUACUCUUCUUACUAACAAUUUUCUUUUUAAAAAUUAAAUUUACCUUGUAUAUAUAAUUCUGUCAUAAAAGUUGUUUUUCUAUUAAAAUUGUAAGAAUUUUUUAAUAUAAUGCUUCUAAUGUGUUCUUUUUGACAAUAUGUGCACGAAAGUAGUUCUGUGUAUAUAUAUAUAUAAUUAAUAGGUGUGUUUAUUUAAUAGAAUAUCAGAAACCUAGAAACUUCAUUACUCAAGCGUGGACUUGUUGAAUAAAACUUAUUAAAUUCAGUUUCAACUAAUUGAAUAGUCCAAGUGCCUUUAAGAUUUUUUUCUGGUAUUGAGGUGUACGUUUUUAGCUGUGGUCUGCAGAAACAUCAAUAACUUGGCAGUUCUGGAAUGUACGCACAUUUGAAAGUAUUUUUCUGCUUCUGAACAAAGGCAAGAGUUGAGCCAAACAAAUCGUAGGUUUUAUAUUCAAAAAUAAUAUUGCUGGUAAAGUAGUAAUCUGUGCCAGGCAUUUGACUAUUAGAAGGCAUUAGUUAUGCUUUAGUUACAAACCAUCAACUGCUUAAAGUAACUCAUUCACACUUCUGGUUUCAUGCUCUACUAAACAAGAAAGUAGGUUAGACUAUGCAAUUUCAUAUUUUUUUUCCUUUGGCUCAAAAUAACAAUUUCGUACUUACAGUAGAUAAGUAUAGGAGUCAAAUCUGUUUUUAACAUGCGCUUAACUUUUAUACCAAUGAAAGCAGCAUUGCUUUCGAACAGUUAAAUAAUUUGAGAUUAGCCAAAGCCUAUAUAAAAUCUUAAAAACCAAAUAACCAAACACAUAAACUAGAAGCCAUCUAGUUUUGAAGAACUUUUAACAUAUUGUUUAUAGCAUAUUCUACUUUUAAAGUAUAAGUUCCUUUAUAAUCAUUAAGGCAUUUAAAUGUGGGUAUUAAAUGUUUAAUAUUUCCUUCUGA